UGAAGUUCCCGAGUUUAUUCCGUUUGUUGUUAGUCCUUAAGAGUCGUCGCAGCCGAGCGGAGGUUCAGCCGUCUCCUGAUGACCGCAACCGCUGUAACACGUGGUUUCGGAAUUGCCUAUCGUCAGGCUAAGCCGCGAAAGACCGUUUGAAUUAUAUUUUCACCUUGAAACAGCAAUGAUAAUAUUUUCUCACGCUGAUAGUUAGAAUUUUCUUUCAACUAUACUAUAAAACUUAAUGCACCGCGAGUAAUAACGAACGAAUGUAUAAAUUCCGUGCUAAAGUUCAAGCGCUCAACUGAACAAUUCGUAUCGCGAUAUUUAAGAAUUAUUUAUUUACUAAACAAUGAACGCAUUGUUUUACAACCGGUGCGAAACUUAACCCUGCAUCUUCCACAUUGUUUAUAAAUCAUUUGUCGUGAAAAGAUUAUUUAUCAAGUGACCUUUUCAUUUAUCAAAAGUUUUUACGUGGUUAGUUUGAAAACGAUUGUUAGCGAUAUUGUCUACGAGAAAAGCUGCGAAAUUUAAUACUGACCGCAAACACUAAUUGACACUACUCACCGAGCGGUUAACCGGUUCGUACAGUGUGUGCAAAUAAAAUAUUGUCAAAUUAUAAACAGUCAAAAUCAUGCCGAGCAUGUAUAAUUCUAAAACAACAUAGUUGCGUUGAAAAUUCAUGUGUUUAAAUCGAAGACGAUCUAUCUAUAAGAGAAAAAAGACACAUAACUAGAUUGAAGAAAAAAAAUUCAACAAUUGCGCGGGAAACGAGACUGUCGAAAAUUCCUGGUAAAAUUUAAUUAACGAAAUAAUAGUGACAAGCAAGUUUUGAAAAAUGUUUGAAAGUGGGAAGUUAUUUUUCUUAGCCUCUUUAUUUAUGCUCAAUCACGGUGACACGAUCGGGUCUAAUCAAUAUGUACCUGAAAUACCGCAAUACGCGGAAAAUUUAGUACCAGACGCUGGCGCGCCAAAUUUCCCUGUCAUUCGUUUGAAUUUGGGAUAUGUAAGAGGUCAAUGGUUGACCUCUGCACGCGGUAAAAGAUUCGCGGCGUACAAAGGAAUACCUUACGCGCAAUCACCGCUGGGAAACCUCCGUUUCGAACCACCGCAAGAUAAGAAGCCUUGGCAAGGUAUUCGGAACGCUUUUAACCACGGACCUCAAUGCCCUCAACUACUGUAUCUGGUGAACAAAAUUGUUGGCAACGAGGACUGUCUCUAUAUGAAUCUUUACGUACCUCAGGCGAACGGAAGCCGCGAGCCAAGAAGCUCCAACGACGAACUCCUGCCGGUGAUAUUCUUCAUCCAUGGUGGGGCUUGGGUUAUCGGUGCCGGGGACAUGGACGACUACCUCUAUGGUCCGGAUCGAAUAAUGGAUGAGGACGUAAUCGUUGUGACGAUAAAUUACCGACUCGGAGCCUUGGGAUUUCUGUACCUUCAGGACAUGAUUCCGGGGAACAUGGGAAUGAAGGACCAGUCGAUGGCGCUCAAACUGAUACAAAAAAACGCGAGGUCCUUUGGCGGGGAUCCGAACCGGAUUGUUAUCAUGGGAGAAAGCGCUGGUGGUGCCUCCGCCGAAUUUCAUACACUGAAUCCAGAAUCGAGGAAAAUCAUGUUCGGCGCAAUUGCUCAGAGUGGUUCGGCCCUCGCUCCUUGGGCCUGGACGAGACCCGAUGUCCUGAAUAUCAGGACCCGCCGUUUGGCCAGACUUUUGAGAUGUCCAACCAAAGGGCAGCCCGGCGAUCUUCUUGAAUGUCUCAAGAGAGCCCAUCCCGCAGAAAUCGUUCGCUAUCAGAUUUUCACCGAUUGGUCAAUUCUACAAAUUCCCAUCGGAAUCUCUUUCACGCCAACCGCUGAACCGAGGGAAACGCCAAAUAAAUUUCUCGAUGAUUGUCCGAGGAACCUUUUGAUUCGACUUCAAGACUCCCGUCCGAAGAUACCCUAUUUGACAGGUUACAACACUGUAGAGGGUCAAUUUUUCACAAAAAUAAGUGUUGGCCUCAUCGAUUCUGUCCUACAAUCAACUGUCAGAAGACUUGCGGGACUUCCUAAAGAACCGACGACCGUCGCGUAUUUAAAAACAAAACCUGUCCUCAAACAGCCGACGCCGAAAAUUGUCGACAGCGUUAUAGGUGAAUGGCAGUUCAAAACUCCGAUCAUAGACUCGGCUCGACAUCAUUAUUCGGGCGGAUCCAACGUCUUCCUUUACCAUUUCUCGUAUACCGGGAGGAAUAACUUCGUGAGACUCUUCUGGGACAACAGCCAACCGCCAACGCACAUGGACGAACUGACUUAUUUGUUCAAGGGACGUGGAUUGUUCGGGAAACUUCCGAUACUGGAGAACGCGUCACCGGAAGCGGCGGUUUCCCAGCGUUUGUUACGAAUGUGGACUAACUUUGCUAAAACUGGUAACCCAACACCGAGGAACAGCUCCGGAAUCGAUAUUUACUGGCCUUCGAGGCCGUCUCAGCUGCUUCUUAUCGGGACAGAAUUGAAGGUACGCGAUUCUCCGCUUCAAACUAGUUGGAGCAGUUUUAUCGACCAGCAAUGCUUUCUGUAGGUCUCAAACUUGUCAGUGAAUAAUAUUUAUUACAAAAAACUGUGAAUUAUACGCUUUGAUAAAUAAUAUUUAAUAAAUAAGCUGCGGUUACGCGACACGGAUGUCGUCGGUAAUUACAAUUAUACGUGUGCGUGUGUGUGUGUGUGUGCGUAGUGAAUUAUUUAUGAUAUCCUCUAAAUAAGGUUGUCAAGAUCUUGCCCAAUGUAAAUACUUAGCCAGGUGUACCUAAAUCCUCAAGUACUCUUAUAUCAAUAAGUUAUUUAAAAUUAUUAGGUAAAUAAUUCCGGAAAAAACGGUUACGAAUCCGACUGUGUUAAAUGAUCCUAAAUACUACGAUAUAAUUUAUUUAAAAUUUUAUAAUACAAAUAUACAUACCUUAUAGAUAUACUAAGUUUACAAUAUUUAUAUUCGUUGUCAAGAUAAUGCAAUACGAUUGUCAUAAUAACCAAUACAGUUAUGAACUACGAUGCGAUGCCAAAUUUAAUUUAAAAAUAUCCAACGACUUACGUACGCGUUAUGUUUCACUGUCAUGUGUAUAUACAUACUUAAACGUAUGUGUUACCCCUAAGAGUGUAAACGAAAAUACAUUGCAAAUAAAUAAC